GACCUGAAGCUUAAUAAAUUUACACAACGAACAAGAAUGUUACAAAAACUUUGCGUUUGCAACAUACAAAUUCAUCUAAAUAAUCAACAGAAUUUGCGCAAAAGUAAAGGUAAAAUCAAAUACAAUCAAUCAGUUUCAAUAACAUAUUGUACUAAUCCAUUCAUUAGGCUUAUAGCUAUUUAGGUCCCCCAAACCUAGUGGAACGAAUUUAGUUGUCAACACCGACGUCCAAAGAUUCGCUCUUCCCAACCAACAUAUCGUCUUUUAAUAAGCUUUUAUCAAAACGAAAUUUGCACUUGCUGCGAUAUCAAUCCGAGAAUUUAAGCAUCAUACCAUUGUGAAGCUCAGGAUAGCAGUUGAUCCCCUUCAAGCAUAACCCUAACUUUAUCUGUUGGACGACCACGAUUCGAUCAUAAUGGCGUCCAACGGGAUAUCAAAAAAUCCACCCACGCUUCCCCCAUCAGUCGAGGAAUCAUACAAACGGAAAUGCAUUCAACUCAAGACUCGAAUGAACGAAGUCGAGGAAGCAAAUGAUGCUGCACGCCUCAGAUUAGCUAGAAUGCAGCGAGCGAUAAAUAAGAUGCGGCUCGAGCGAGCAUUCUUAUUGGAACAAUUGGCAAAGCGUACGAGUACAAAUGUGGAAGAUUCGGAGGGUUCGCCAAGCCCACCUCCAACUGUAGGUCUUUUCUCUCCCUAACCUCGCAUCCCUCUUCCAUAAGAAUCGAAAUUAAAUGUCUGACGCAAAACCUGACAGCCGCAAGAAAAGCCAUUGCGCACAAAACGUGGUCAUCGCAAACCUUCUUUCCUUAAUACCCUGGGCGAUCCGUCCAUCCCUCUACCAAACAGUCUAAAUGCCAAUCUCGCUAUCUCACCUUCCUCCUCCGCCUUCUCACAUACACAUCCUGAUGUCCCCAACCCGGGACAAGGAACAUUCGCCAGUUUCAAUUCCUCCCUUGUCCAUCCACAACCCAUAUCUCCCCGCCGCGCACUCUCCAAUUCCACUCCUAUGGGCGGUCGAACACCACACUCGGCCUCUAAUUCCCCGUCUAUUCCUCCUUCUGGUCCGCCCAAAACACCCAAAUCAGGCUUCGAUUUUUAUUGUCAGGAACUCCGUGGGCCCAUGUUAGUACAGCAUAGACAUGAUAUCAAGCAAGGAACCGUUGAUAUCGACUGGCUUUUAGCAAGCGGAUGGAGAGACACAAACGAUGAGACUAGAGAACGAUACGAAAAGCUAUUCAAAGCGAUGCAGAAUGCAAAGAAAGCCGAAAAUGGAAGCCCUUUAGACGAUGAUGUAGAAAUGGGAGAAAGCGGACGUGAAGAGACUCCCAAUGAUAAUGGCGCGAACGGAGCAGGUGGCUUCACGGCUGUGAACAGAGGCUAGAUGUAAUCUAUGGAGUUGGUUGGAAGUCAAGGAAAGGAAAGGGUCUGGAUCAAUACUAUAUGCGGCACGAGAUAAUGGAGUGAUGAAAAUAUUCAAAACUUGGCGUUUCGGACGUGAGGAUGAAGCAGGCGGCCUGCAAAUAUUAGAGCUACUUCUUUCAUUUUCCCCGAGAUGGGGUUUUUCGUGCAGAGAUCUCUCCUGCCGAUGUAUCUGGUAGUCCAAUUAUUUCCCUUUCAAUGUAAUAUUAACAAUUAACUUUA